AUGGAUUAUCUUGUCCGGUUCGCCCAGACCCAUGAGACUUUCCGGCGGCCGGAACUACAAGCCUGCGCUACACUUGCAGGUGUCGACAUUGAGAUUCUUUCCUACAAUGAAUAUUCACCCAACUGUGUUGUGAGGUUCCCAAACGAAGCAGCGGCACGUGAAACCGUCAAGCGCUGUAUUCUGGUCAAGGAUGUCUUCGAACUUUGGGGCGAGGGCACCAACUAUGAAGAAUUGCAUGAAGACGUCCCUCGACGCUCCCAGCAUAUUUGGAAGAACUUCAACAACGUCUCAUGGAAAUUCGUCAUUCAUUGCUUCUCGGGAACAUGCAGUUUGGAGAGGAGGGACAAGAUCAUGCGAUCAUUCCAAUACAUGGGAAUCAAAGGCCCUAUCCGGCUGAAAAACCCCGAGCAGGAGUUCCAUGUGAUGGAAGAGUACAUCGACGACAUUGAGGUUAAGGUGCGAGGAAUAUCACGCCCAGAAGAACCACGGAAAAUCUACCUAGGGCGCAUGAUUGGCAAGAGUUGUCGUGAUGAUAUGAUCAAAUACGAUCUCAAGAAGCGUCGUUAUAUCAGCACUACCUCCAUGGAUGCGGAGUUGAGCCUAGUCACGGCGAACAUGGCUCUUGCAGCACCUGGCAAAUUGUUCUUCGACCCUUUCGUUGGCACAGGAAGUUUCACAGUCUGUGCUUCGCAUUUCGGAGCUAUGACUCUGGGUGCAGAUAUCGAUGGCCGCAGUUUCCGUGGCAAAGAUAGUACCAAACUGGGCGUGCUGGAGAAUUACAUUCAAUACGGAACGAAGAGUAGAUUCGUUGAUGUGUUGACUUCAGAUUUGACAAACACGCCGUUCCGAAGGGCCGGCUUUCUCGAUGGCAUUGUCUGUGACCCGCCAUAUGGUGUCCGAGAAGGGCUUCGGGUCUUGGGAGAACGAAAAGGGAAACCGGCCGUCAACGUGAUCAUUGACGGCCAAUACGGCUUCGAGGCUAUGCAAAACGACGUUCUCAACUACGCAGUCAAGGCAUUGGUUCCCAAUGGUCGUCUUUCAAUGUGGAUGCCUACCACCAACGACGAGAAGAUUGAGUUCCCCGUUCCCAUGCAUCAGAAUUUGGAGAUCGUCAGUGUCUGUGUUCAGGAUUUCGGAAACUGGGCUCGCCGACUGAUAACCUACCGUCGUCUUCCUGAGGGAGAACUGUCCGAUGUCACAAUGGCUCGGAAAAAGACCGAUGACAAGGGUCAUAGGGCUGAUGAUCUCAAUGCGUUCCGACGAGUGGCCACGGCACCAGAGUUGACAAAAACCAAGCGGCAUCCCAAUAGGCACAUCACUGGUCGGCUCAACAGCCAGGAGAUUGAAGAAAGGCCGCGCGCGGAUGAUCUGGAAUCAGAAAUGAUACCAGAAGACCCAGCCCACCAAAUAUGUGCAAGAAAGCAAAAUGAGUUAUAG